AGAGAGAGAGAAAAUUAGGAAGGAAAAAAAAUGAAAAAUGAAAAUGAAAAACGCGUAUUCUGUAAAGAACACAGUUUGAAUCUUCUCUCUCUCUCUCUCUGUAAGUCUCUCAUCGUCCUCCUUUGUCUUCCCUUCCUUUCCCCUUUUUUCUUCAACCAAAAUUAGGGUUAGGGUUAGGGUUUUCAAAACCCUUGAUCUUCAUCUUCCCCACACGAUUUUCUCUUCCUUUACGGACGCUGUUUUCUUAUUAUUAUUGUUUUUUGUUGUGGGGGGUUUUCUUUUUCUUUUUCUUUUUCUUUUUUUUUUCUUUUGAUAACAAGCCCUUCCAAAGGGGGGGGGAUUCCGGUAUGGGUUCCUCUUCGUCUUCAUUUUUAGUCAUCAAAUGGUUCUCCUUCUGCAGACCCACCUCGCCAAUUCUUCUCUCCAAGCUUUUUUUGCUUUUCUUUAUUCUCUUCUUCUUUCAAACUGAUAUUGUUUUUGGCGAUUCCGACAAAUCCGUGCUUCUUCAGUUCAAAAAUGCUCUUUCUGACCCAUCUGCUUUGCUUUCUUCCUGGACUCCCACUGCUUCUGAUUACUGCUUCUGGUUUGGCGUUUCCUGCGACUUCAAUUCUCGGGUUGUCUCUCUCAACAUUUCUGGGAAUGGUGGUUCUUCAGGUAAUUCCAAUGCUUUUCCCUGCUCUGAUUCUUCUAAAUACCCUCUUUAUGGACUUGGAAUCAGAAGGGGUUGUGUGGGUAAUAGAGGUUUACUCAUUGGGAAGCUUCCGUCUGUGAUUGGGAAUCUCACUCAGCUCAGGACUUUGUCUCUUCCGUUUCAUGCUUUUAAGGGUGAGCUUCCUAGGGAAAUCUUCGGAUUGGAGAACCUUGAGGUUCUUGAUCUGGAAGGGAACUCUUUAACUGGGCUGCUUCCCAAUGAUUUUGCCAGGCUGAGCAAGUUGCGUGUUCUCAAUCUUGCAUUCAAUAAGCUUACUGGUGAGAUUCCUAGCUCGCUUUCGGGUCGUAAGAGCUUAGAGAUCUUGAAUUUAGCUGGGAAUCAGUUGAAUGGGACAAUUCCUCAGUUUGUUGGUCAGUUGAGAGGGGUCUACUUGUCUUUCAAUUUUUUUACAGGAUCCAUUCCGAAUGAGCUUGGGAAUAACUGCGGAAAGCUUGAGCAUCUCGACCUGUCUGGUAAUUUUUUGGUCAGUGGGAUUCCAAGCAAUCUGGGAAAUUGCACUCAGUUGCAGACAUUGUUGCUGUAUUCUAAUAUGCUGGAGGAAGCCAUUCCAGCUGGAAUUGGUAAUUUGCUGAAGCUGGAAGUACUUGAUCUUUCGAGGAAUAGCCUCAGUGGUCCGAUACCCUCUGAGCUAGGAAAUUGCUUGCAGUUGUCUGUCCUUGUGCUCUCGAAUCUCUUCAAUCCAAUUCCCAAGAUCAACUACACAGACGACAACUCUCCAACUGAGGAACUUAGUGAUGAUAGUUUUAACUAUUUUGCGGGUGGUAUACCUGAGACAAUAACAACCCUUCCAAAGCUGAGGAUAUUGUGGGCCCCUAGUGCAAACCUCAAUGGCAGAUUCCCUUCCCAAUGGGGUAAGUGUGAAAUCUUGGAGAUGAUCAACUUAGCUGGUAAUUAUCUUUAUGGGGAGCUUCCCAGUGGGUUUAGCGUCUGCAAAAAGCUUCAAGUUCUUGAUUUAAGCUCAAACCAGCUUUCUGGAGAACUUGAUAAAAACCUACCAGCUCCUUACAUGACACUGUUUGAUCUUAGCGGUAACCGCUUUAUUGGUGAGAUUCCUACAUUCUGUGGCAGUGAUUGCUCACCACCGAAGUCCCGUUUGAAUGGAUAUUUGGAUCUUGACGAUGCCUCAUCCCGGUAUCUUUCGUUUUUUGUCAGUAGGAUUCGAGAUGCAACUCCUUUUGAAUUUGUUGGAAAUGGUGAUCUGAUAAUACAUAACUUUGGGGACAAUAACUUCACAGGCAACCUUCUGUCAUUGCCAUUUCCGCGUGAUAGACUGGGAAGGAAAACUGUUUAUGCUUAUCUGGUAGGUGGGAAUAAGCUGACUGGACCAUUUCCAGAUAGUUUGUUUGAGAAAUGCGACGAUUUGGGGGGAUUGAUCUUUAAUAUUAGCAGCAAUAAAAUAUCUGGGCCAUUUUCUGCGACAAUUGGUAAGAAGUGUGGUUCUCUCAAAUUCUUGGAUGCAUCUGGUAAUCAGAUGACUGGGCAGGUACCUGCUAGCUUUGGAGAGCUAUUAUCUCUAAGUCAUCUGAACCUAAGUUGGAACAAGUUUCAGCAUCAAAUACCUACUUCUCUCGGACAGAUGGCUGAUUUGAAGUACCUUUGUUUGGCUGGAAAUAACUUUAAUGGUUCUAUACCUGCUACCUUGGGAAAGUUGCAGUCUUUGGAGUUGCUGGAUCUUUCAUAUAACGAUCUUUCUGGUGAAAUUCCCAUAGAUCUUGUAAACUUGAGAGGCCUAAAAGUUCUGCUGCUCAACAAUAAUUCACUUUCUGGACAGGUUCCCUCUGGUUUAGCGAAUGUUACCACACUCUCUGCAUUUAAUGUGUCAUUCAACAACUUGUCUGGUUCCCUGCCAUCAAAUAACAACAUGAUUAAAUGUAGUGGUGCAAUUGGAAAUCCUUACCUUCGCCCGUGCCGUAUGUAUUCUCUGGCUGUGCCCUCAUCUGAAAUGCAAGGUUCAGUUGGUGACUCAAGUAGUUUUGCAGCUUCACCGUCUGGCAUUGCACCCCAAACAAGUGGAGGUGCCAGCUUCAAUUCCAUUGAGAUAGCAUCCAUUACCUCUGCCUCUGCCAUUGUUUCUGUUCUUAUUGCUUUGAUUAUCCUAUUUCUAUAUACACGAAAGUGGAAUUCGAGAUCUAAAGUAAUUGGCUCAAUGAGAAAGGAAGUGACGGUUUUUACUGAUAUUGGGGUUUCCCUGACGUUUGAGAAUGUGGUGCGUGCUACAAGUAAUUUCAAUGCAAGCAACUGCAUUGGCAGUGGAGGGUUUGGGGCAACUUACAAGGCAGAGAUUGCAUCAGGGAUGCUGGUUGCAAUAAAACGACUUGCUGUAGGUCGAUUUCAAGGUGUCCAACAGUUUGAUGCAGAAAUUAAAACUCUUGGAAGGCUGCGCCAUCCAAACCUUGUCACCUUAAUUGGUUACCAUGCCAGUGAAACAGAGAUGUUCCUGAUAUAUAAUUAUUUGCCAGGAGGUAAUUUGGAAAAAUUCAUCCAAGAGAGGUCUACAAGAGCAGUUGAUUGGAGAAUUCUUCACAAGAUUGCACUGGACAUAGCCCGUGCGCUUGCGUAUCUUCAUGAUCAGUGUGUACCACGGGUCCUCCACCGUGAUGUGAAACCAAGCAAUAUACUAUUAGACGAUGAUUUCAAUGCUUAUCUCUCUGAUUUUGGAUUGGCCAGGCUUCUUGGGACUUCUGAAACCCAUGCUACCACCGGUGUGGCUGGAACUUUUGGCUAUGUAGCUCCUGAAUAUGCCAUGACUUGCCGUGUCUCUGAUAAAGCAGACGUGUACAGUUACGGCGUGGUGCUUCUUGAGCUACUCUCAGACAAGAAAGCACUAGAUCCCUCGUUUUCCUCAUAUGGAAAUGGUUUUAACAUAGUAGCUUGGGCAUGUAUGCUGCUUCGUCAGGGGCGUGCCAAGGAAUUCUUCACGGCAGGGUUAUGGGAGGUAGGCCCCCAUGAUGAUUUGGUUGAAGUAUUACACUUAGCAGUUGUUUGUACAGUUGACUCUCUGUCGACUAGGCCGACAAUGAAGCAAGUUGUACGACGGCUUAAGCAGCUUCAACCGCCAUCCUGUUAGAAAGCGGCAACACAGGCAUUUAUUGACAUAGUUAAUUUGUAGAAGAUUAGAGAGAGCCAGAUUGAUUGUAAUUUGUGUUUUCUUAUGAAUGCAAAAGCACUGCUGCCAUAGGUUGGCUGGUUGAGUUCUAAACUUGUAGUUAAUUUUCUCUUGUAAAUUCUAAUAUAGUUGUGCCCUCAAUUUUUUUUCUAUAAACAAGAAUGCUGCUCUUUGUGGAUGA